CUACAAUAUUCUAGGAACUACCAUUGACAAUAGAUUACUGAAUGAACUGUAAUCGCAUUCCGGUCCGGCGGCCACCAUCUUUUGCUUUCCGUUGUUGUCGUUGUCAGGUCGGCGAUUUUUGUAAAAAGCCGCAACCAUGGGUCGUAUGCACGCACCUGGUAAGGGUAUUUCCCAAUCAGCACUGCCAUACCGCCGCAGUGUGCCCACUUGGUUAAAGCUUACUGCUGACGAUGUCAAGGAACAAAUAUUCAAACUUGGAAAGAAGGGUCUCACCCCCUCUCAAAUUGGUGUCAUGCUCAGGGACUCGCACGGAGUUGCCCAAGUCAGAUUUGUCACUGGCAAAAAGAUCCUCAGAAUUAUGAAGGCAAUGGGCCUGGCUCCUGAUCUACCUGAGGACUUAUACUACCUGAUCAAGAAGGCCGUAGCCAUGAGGAAGCAUUUGGAACGCAACAGGAAAGACAAGGACAGCAAAUUCCGUCUUAUCCUUGUUGAGUCCAGAAUCCACAGGCUAGCCCGAUACUAUAAGACCAAGAGUGUGCUUCCUCCCAACUGGAAAUAUGAGUCAAGCACUGCAUCAGCCCUCGUCGCUUAAGUUUAAUAAAGCUAUAUAAAACUAAGAA